GUCCCCGCUGCUCCUUAACGCUGCCACCUUCGUGCUGGCGGGCGAUGGCCCCCCCCGCGCUGGGAGGAGGGGUCCGGGCUGCGGCGCAAGCGAGCGGUGCUGGCGGUGCUGCUGCACUUCCUCGAGACCUACAAGGGGCUGCUGCAGGAGGAGGAGAGCGCGGGGAAGGUCAUCAAGGAGCUGUACCUGCUCAUCAUGAAGGACGCAUCCCUGUACCACGAGCUGGAGGAUGAGAUCCUGAAACUGCACCAAUUGGUGGAGACGGUGGAGCUGAAGGUCCCCGACGAGACCCCGCCCCCGAGCAAACAGGUGAAGCCGCUGUUCCGCCACUUCCGCCGCAUCGAUGCGUGCCUGCAGACGCGCGUAGCUUUCCGUGGCUCCGACGAGAUCUUCUGCCGUGUCUACAUGCCGGACCACUCGUACGUCACCAUCCGCAGCCGCCUCUCAGCCUCAGUGCAGGACAUCCUCACCUCCGUCACCGAGAAGCUGCAGUACUCAGAGGAGCAGAGCGCCCGCGACGAUGCGCUCAUCCUCGUCACCGUGGCCUCAUCCGGAGAGAAAGCCGUGCUGCAGCCCAGCGAGGAGUGCGUCUUCACCACGCUGGGCAUCAACAGCCACCUCUUUGCCUGCACCCGCGAUACCUUCGAGUCGCUGGUGCCGCUCCCGGAGGAGAUCCAGGUGGUGCCCGGGGACAGCGAGAUCCACCGCGUGGAGCCCGAGGACAUCGCCAACCACCUCACCGCCUUCCACUGGGAGCUCUUCCGCUGCAUCCACGAGCUGGAGUUUGUGGAUUACGUCUUCCAUGGGGAGCGCGGGCGGCGCGAGACGGCCAACCUGGAGCUGCUGCUGCAGCGGUGCAGUGAGGUGCAGCACUGGGUGGGCACGGAGCUGCUGCUCUGCGAGUCGCUGGGUCGGCGCGCACAUCUGCUCAAGAAGCUCAUCAAGAUUGCUGCCAUAUGUAAGCAGAACCAGGACAUGCUCUCUUUCUACGCCAUCGUCAUCGGGCUCAACAACGCCGCCAUCAGCCGCCUUCGGCUCACCUGGGAGAAGCUCCCAGGGAAAUUCAAGAAUUUGUUUCGGAAAUUCGAGAACCUGACGGACCCCUGCAGGAACCACAAGACCUACCGGGAGGUGCUGGCCAAGAUGAAGCCCCCUCUCAUCCCCUUCAUUCCUCUCAUCCUCAAAGAUCUGACCUUCUUGCACGAAGGCAGCAAAACCCUCCUGGAUGGGCUGGUCAACGUGGAGAAGCUGCACUGCAUCGCUGAGAAGGUGAGGACCAUCCGCAAGUACCGGAGCCGCCCGCUGUGCCUGGAGCUGGAGCCGUCCCCUAGCCAGUUGCAGACCAAGGCCUACGUGCGGCAGCUGCAGGUGAUCGACAACCAGAACCUGCUCUUCGAGCUGUCCUACAAGCUGGAGCCCGGUGGGCAGUGAGCGGCGCCCGCCCGCACUCUGCACUUUGCCCGGGGGGACCCUGGGGACUCCCCACCCCCCGUGGGGCCCCCUCUAUUUUUGUAUGUGUCCCUACGGCCCCGUCCCCGCUUCUGCCUGGGCCCUGGGCCCCAGAAUGUGUAUAUUUUGUACCAAAUGCGUCUUUAAUUGUAAAUUUAUUUUUUAAGAAAAGGAGGAAAAAGGAUUAAAAAAAAAA